AUGCUUUUGAAUCCAGUGGUGUGCAAGAGUCCUAACUUUAAAUGUAGCAUUGCUGAACCUCUUCCUAUACUUCACAAGCAUUAUCAUUCAGGAGAUCUCAUCAUUGGGGGUGUCAUGUCUCAGAUUUACAUUUUUUCCCAUCUGAUAACCUUCAAAGAACGCCCCUCAAAGGAAGUCUUUGAAGAGAUUCUCCAAUUUAUUCCAAGUUGGACAUUUCAUGCCUCCAUGUGCGUUCUCUCAACACAGAAUAACUUCAUUCCAAAUUACAAAUGUGAUGUCCAGAACAAUCUGAUAGCAGUUAUUGGAGGAUCUAGCUCUGAAAUCUGUCUGUCCAUGGCAACCAUUGUGGACACGUAUAAGAUUCCACAGCUCAUAUAUGGUUCUGCUCCAAUGAUGAAUAAACAGUUUGAAGCUCUUUUUUCCCUGUGGAUGUUCCCAAAUGGAGACCAUCAGUAUGAGGGGAUUCUCCAAUUGCUGCUGUUUUUUAAGUGGACAUGGAUUGGGGUGAUGUUUGUGGAUGAUGACAAUGGAGAGAGGUUUGUACAGAAUGUGGUUCCCAUGUUUGCACAGAAUGGUAUCUGCUUUGAUGUCAUAGAAAGAUUUCCAACAAUUACGUAUUUCAAUGACAUUGAUGAAAUGGUGUCACAGGGAAUUAAAACCUACAGUGCUGUCAUGAGAAGCACUGUUAACGUAUUGAUCAUUCAUGGUGAAAUUCAGACCAUGAUUUUUUUGAGAAUGAUUCCUGAUUUGUCAAAAUAUGAGGAUAUACCAAUAAAGUCCAAGGGUAAAGUCUUCAUCAUGACAGCCCAGAUGGAGUUCACAUCACUUCCCUUCCAAAGACGUUGGGACAUAGAUAUCAUCCAUGGAGCUUUAGCAUUUUCAAUUCACUCAAAAGAGGUGUUGGGUUUCAAGACAUUUCUCAAGAUGAGAAACCCCACCUUGGAAAAAGAAGACAGCUUCACCGGAGUCUUCUGGGAAGAGGCAUUUGAAUGUUUAUUACCCACAUCAAGAGUAGACUUACAAGUUGGGGCUACCUGCACUGGGGAGGAGAAGCUAGAGACUCUUCCUGCAUCUGUUUUUGAAAUGAGCAUGACUGGCCACAGCUACAGUGUCUACAAUGCAGUCUAUGCUGUGGCACAUGCCAUGCAUGCCAUGCAUUCAUUCAAAUGUAAACACAGGCCCCUGAUAGAUGGACAGAGGCAGAAGAUUCUAAAUCAACAGCUAUGGCAGCUCCACCACUUUCUGAGAAGCAUCUCAUUUAACAAUAGUGCUGGAGAACAGGUUUCCUUUGACCCCAACAGAAAACUGGUCGCUGGAUUUGACAUUAUGAACUGGGUCGCAUUUCCCAACCAGUCCUUUCUUAGAAUCAGAGUUGGAAGGAUAGACCCACAGGCUUCCCCAGACAAUGUGUUCAGCAUUCAUAAAGAUGCCAUUGUGUGGCCCAGCAUUUUCAACCAGGCACAGCCCCUUUCUCUUUGUAAUGACAAUUGUCAUGUGGGUUAUAGUAGAGUAAAGAAAGAAGGGGAGCCAUUUUGUUGCUAUGACUGCAUUCCAUGCCCACAAGGGAAGAUUUCAAACCAGAAAGAUACGGAUGACUGCUUUCAAUGCCCAGAAGGACAAUACCCAAGCCAUGGCAGGGAUUUCUGCAUUCUGAAAGAUAUAAGCUAUUUGUCUUAUAAAGAACCAUUGGGGAUCAGUUUGUCCACUAUUGCUUUUUUCUUUUCUUUUAUCACAGCUUUUGUGCUCGGCAUCUUUAUUAAGCACCAGGACACUCCCAUUGUCAAAGCCAACAACAGGAACCUCACCUUCACCCUCCUCAUAUCCCUUCUGCUCUCUUUCCUUUGUGCUUUGCUAUUCAUUGGCCGACCUAAUAAUGUGAUGUGUCUCCUUCGGCAAACUGGUUUUGGCAUCAUUUUCUCUGUGGCUGUUUCUUCUGUGUUGUCCAAGACCAUCAUUGUGGUACUAGCUUUCAUGGCCACCAAACCAGGCUCCAACUUGAGGAAAUGGGUUGGGAAAAGACUGGCAUCCUCUAUUGUACUUUCUUGCUUCCUUAUACAAGUGGCUAUUUGUACUGUGUGGCUGUCAGUCUCUCCGCCAUUCCCAGAUUUUGACAUGGAUUCCAUGACUGAAGAAAUUAUUCUGGAGUGUAAUGAAGGUUCACCUAUCAUGUUUUACUGUGUUUUGGGCUUUAUGGGAUUCUUGGCCACUGUCAGCUUCACUGUGGCUUUCCUAGCUAGAAAAUUACCUGAUUGUUUCAAUGAAGCCAAGUUUAUCACCUUCAGCAUGUUGGUCUUUUGCAGUGUUUGGUUGUCCUUUGUGCCAUCCUACCUGAGCACCAAGGGGAAAGACAUGGUGGCUGUGGAGGUCUUCUCCAUCUUGGCCUCCAGUGCAGGGUUAUUGGCUUGUAUCUUUUCUCCGAAAUGUUACACCAUCAUUGUAAGGCCUGAGCUGAACAAGAGGGAGCAGCUAAUAAGGAGAAAUAAUUUUUAA